CCGGUGGGUUGUGUAGGUUUGCGGAGAAACUGCCAACGUACGACUUCUUUUUGUUAUAUUUUAUUUGAAAUCAUGUCGUUUUCAGAUUUAUAUGCUAAAUAUAACUGUAAUUAUUGUCAAGAAGAAAUCAAUGGUAUACGUGUGAGGUGUUCUGAGUGCAUCGAUUUCGAUAUUUGUUUGCAGUGUUUCUCUCUUGGUGCUGAAAUUGGUACACACAAAAAUGAUCAUUCCUAUCAGUUUAUGGACUCGGGGGCAUUUGGGUUAUUUUUGGGACGAAGCAGUUGGUCUGCUAAUGAAGAAGUGAGACUACUAGAUGCAAUAGAACAGUUUGGAUUUGGAAAUUGGGAAGAUAUAGCCAAACACAUAGAGUCACGGACACCAGAAGAGGCGAAAGAUGAAUAUAUUACAAGAUACCUGGAGGGCAGUAUUGGUCGAGCUACAUGGGGCAAUGUGGAAAGUACCAGUCGACCAUCUUUGCACUGUGCUGAUCGGGAUGAAGGGCCCCUUGGUCCCAGCGCUGUGUCCAGACUACCCUCACUUGCUGUCAGUUCAGAUGAGGCUGCUCAGCUGGGUUACAUGCCAAAUAGGGAUGACUUUGAAAGGGAACAUGAUCAUGAAGCUGAGCAGCUGAUAUCAACACUGGCAUUGAAUCCUGAGGAUGAUGAGUUAGAUGUUGCCCUUAAACUAUCCCAAGUGGAUAUAUACACACGUCGCCUCCGUGAAAGAACGAGAAGAAAAAGACUGGUGCGUGACUUCCAACUUGUAUCGGUGUUCUUCAACAACCAGCGGAACAAGCAGAAGACACUUGGAAAACUUGCCAAAGAGAAAAAAGAGUUCACGGAGCGCUUGAGAUGGACAGCGCAGUUCUACGGGCGCGCGGAACAGGCGGGCGUGGUGGCGGGGCUGUGGCGCGAGCGCGAGCUGCGCGUGCGGCUGGCCGAGCUGCACCGCUACCGGCUGGCCGGCGUCACGCGCCUGGAGGAGUGCGCGCACUACGAGCAGCACGCCGCGCACAGGAAGCACCCUAACGCGCAGCCGCACCACCUCGACGUGAGACCCCGCACCGUGGGCAGCAGUGGGUGCCUGGACACCAACCAGACAAGAGAAGCAACGCUGACCAGCAUGCAGCAGCUAAGAAAAAGAGACGGCGAAAGCGGCUCAAGUUCCACCAGCCCAAAGUGCACACGGGACGGAAGUACCGGAUGUGGAUGUUGCAAAAAGAACUCAUGCAGCAGCAACAACGUCUCCUCGAGGCAUCUGCUGAAUAACAACGAGAUACAGCUAUGCAGCGCGCUGAGCCUGGCCCCAGCACAAUAUGUCACGAUGAAGGGAGUGCUGCUCAGGCGGCCGGCCGGCACCGACUGCGACGUCGACCACGCCGUGCGACACUACCUGCAAACCGCCGGCUGGAUACGGAACUAGCACCUGCAUUACCGAAGCUGGCGAAUCGAAGCAAACUGCAGGUAGAAUCAGGGUUUCCACCAAAUUGAGCUAUAGAUGGGCUCCAUAACCAGUCAUCAUCAUCAGCCGUACAACGCCCACUGCUGGGCAUAGGCCUCCCCCAAGGAUCUCCACGACGAUCGGUCCUGCGCUGUCCGCAUCCAGCGGCUUCCGGCGACCUUCACCAGAUGGUCGGUCCACCUUGUAGCGGGCCUACCCACUGAGCGUCGUCCGACACGUGGUCGCCAUACCUACUAGAACCUUUCGAACCACUGGCACUUCAGCUUGGCAAUACUCCGAGUUAUGUCGGUGACUUUGGUUCUCUUGCGGAUCUCCUCAUUUCUGAUCCAUUCGUUACCAGUAGUUUGGGAAAAUUCACUAUAUAAAAAGAAAACAGACGGACUGGGUAAUUCCAUUUACACACAUAACAUAACCUCACGUCUCAAUUGGGGUAGUCACAGGUACAUCUAUCACAAGAUGAACUAAGGUAGGAUGGCCGAGUAUGUUUGCUCCGACUUUUAAUCGCCAGUCUUCGCGUCACUGAACUUACUGUUAAUUCUCGCCAAUUUAAAUUCACACAUUUAAACAUACUUCUAAAAAAAUAUUGUUUAGAUAGUGAUGAUCAAUUAUUACUUUUUAAACGUUCUUGCAAGUUAGAUCCAAAGUUUACGUUGCAGAGUGAAUAAGCAAUAAAUAUUAUAACGUUGAUUUUAUAGUCUCACUUCCUAAAGGAAGCUCAUAGUGUUUAAAAGAAACAUUCGACUCGUAAGAACGUUUAAAAGUCACUCCUUUACCUGAAUUGGAUUGCGGUUUUUGUGCCCACAUGCCUUUAUCAGCAAAAAAGCAAUAAUUAAUUAAAACACUAUUUAAUUUAUCAUAAAAAUGUCUGUCUUAAAGUGCAUAGACUGAAAUUAAACGGGAGAAAAAUCGCUAUCCGAUAAUAGUAUAAACUAUUAUAUAUAGAAAAGUUCAUUUAUCAGUAUAUUGAAUUAUUGAUAUGAAAUAUAGAAAAUAGUAGGUAGGCCUUAUAGCAAUUACAACGCAAGUAGAUGUACUAGAAUAAAAAAAAUAUAUAAUAGUUGUAACGGGUCCACAAAUGCUAGCUAAUUUCUAGUAUUAAAAGUAAAAAAAAGAGUAUCACCAAAUGAUAUAUUAAUUUAGAAUAGAAGCGUACCACAUGAUAAUAUUAUUGUGACAUUCAGAAUUAGAAGCAAUGUCUUCACUGCAGUAGGAAAAGUGUGAUGCUUCCUGGCCGGACCACUAUUUAGUACACAUUUUUUUAUUACAUACAUACAUACAUAAACUCACGCCCGUAAUCCCUAAUGGGGUGGGCAGUGCCACAAGUAAUCAAAGACAACUUGCAGCCACUGUUGUUGACAUUUUUUUAUUAUACAAAUAGAAUCUGCAUAAUCUCUACUUCCAAGGGUACACCCAGAAAAAAAAAUAUAAUAGAACAUUAUCAUCUGAUGAUGAUGAUUCAUCUGUCGAGCAUUAUCCCGUUUUAUACAGGGUCCUGUUACUUAAUCUGAAAAUUUGACAGGUCCGGUGUUUUACAGAAGCGACUGCCCGCGAAGGGAAAACCAGCCCAAUAUAGAUUGUCACAAACCUCCGAAAUGAAUUUCUCGGGAAUGUGGGUUUCUUCACGAUGUUUUCCUUCACCGCUGAGCACGUGAUAAUCAUUUAUGAUCCAAACGUGAAUUCGAAAACUAAUAAAAAAUAGUACAUCAAAGCAUUAAAAGGAAAUGAAUGGGUUUUGGGGUCCCGCUAAGGAGUAGUUCUCCCCAGCCGAUCAAGUAAUAAGGACAUAGAAAAAAGUACGGAAAUUACACGUACAGACAUGAGCAAUAUCAUGUACCCAUUUUAGAACCCUGUCGCGCUAUCAUCAUAUUUGACAUUUAAUUUAAUUUGACAAAAAAGUUAAUGUGACAUAGUUUCAAAGUGUAUCAUACUUAUACUUAUUAGUACUCGUGACCAUACACGUGAAAGUAGAGAUUAUGUUGUUUUUAUUGAAAUAAUUAGAAAUUGUGUACUAAAUAGUGGGAGCAUCACACGCAUGGAAAUCAUUCUAGUGUCAGGAUUUAAAAAUUCCCACAGAUAAUAAAGUGAGCUAGUGGCGCCAAAUCUACUUAUUAAAUACACCAAGCGGACUUAUUAAGUAACUAAGUUACCGCGGCUUUUUAUAAUGAUUUUAUUAUCGCAAUGUCUUUAGCAUUUCAUUUAGCUCUAAUAGAAAUGCCCUGGUUAAGUCAGUAGCAACAGGGUAGUUGACUAGUUUUUUUUUCAUCAAUCUACUGUCGUGAACAAGCUGAAGAUUAAUCUGACAUCCAUUUUUCAAUCUAAUGCCGGAGAUAUUAAUAGUUAAAAGUCGGUGGUGGGGGAAAGCUCCGUCCCGUUCCAGCAAAAAGUAGCUGUUAUAGCUGUUCCUUUUGCCAUUACUUUCUGACUCCCUAAUUCCCUAAUUUAAACUAUUUCAUUUAUUUUGCAACUAUUAUGAAGAAUUAAUGUUUGAUACUUGUCAACAACCCUAUAUUAAGGCGUAGCUCGAAUAUCGUCAUGACUUUGUCUACUACCUCGUUGUAUACAAAUGUAUUUUGUGGAAAUUAGGGUACCGCGCCUUAUAGGCAGAAAUUGUAGGAAAAUAUUUUUGACAAAGCUAAAGUUAUAGUAGUAUUAAUUUCCGUCACGACUUUCGAUGUAAUAACUCAAAGGCUUUGGAUAGGAUCGCGAGUGUGAGAUCAUGUUCUGGUUUGAUGUGUUAAAAAGUGACAAAGACGAAUGGACGUGUUUUUGUUUCCCGCGGUUUUACUUGAAAUUAUCUGUCUGAGGGCUUAUGACCAGGGCUUAUUACACUUACCUGUCCGGCAGGUUAGAUGCGCCAAGGUCACGGUGGUUACCAUGGUUACACCAAGUCGAAAUUCCCGUUUCCCGAUCAGAUGGUAUAGUCUAAUUAAUAAAUCAAUCUCAGCUGAGACUGCCCUAAAGAUGCUGCUCAAGUCCCUGUUUUUAUAUAAGAACUGUCACAUUGAGAUGCUCUUGAGGGCAGUCUCAAAGCUGAGAUUAGUUUAUUAAUACCACCCUUACCUAUAGCGAAUCGGCGAGCCGUAACCACGAUCUCGAGCGAGUUGGUGGGGAGUAACCAUGGUAACCACCCGCGACUUUGACGCAUCUAGCCUGUCUGACAGGUAGGUGUAAUAAGCCCUUAUAGGUUAUGCCGAAUAGUAUACAGCCAUAGAAUAAACAAUAAAACGUAUAGAAAGUAUCCGACCCGAACCAAUACGAGUACCCUCCCGAAUGGCGGCCAUUUUUGUUUAUUUCAACCGGAAGCCGUUUAGCAAGGGAGCGAGCGCGCACUGUCUGACUCGCACGCACGGUGUAAUUCGGCACAAUUUUCCUAUGUUGUCCGGGCUGUUUUACAGCAAACAUUACCUAAUGAUAUGCCCUUUUAGGAUAAACACGUUCAUAGUCCGUUUUUGCACGGUUUAUGUGUUGUUACAUCGAAACUAAAUGUUACUUAACUCCUCAGUAGUUAUAAGUACGGCUGUGCUAGACCUAAUGCACUCCGGUGAAUAAAUGUUAAUCUAAACACUUUACUUGUAUAUCGGUACUGAUUCCAGUGCACACCAUCUAAUUUUAUUUAAGUUAUACCUGUCAUUUUCUUAUCCGCCGAAAAGGAAGGGACGCCACAACCUUCUAAAAUAAUUACAAUGGGCAAUAAUUAAGAAUUAAGUUGACAGCACAUGUCAAACGGUUUGCAUACCAGCCAUAUACCUAAUUUAUUUAUUCGCCCGGGUUAUUCAUUCAUUUUUAAAAUUAACAUUUCUGAAUUAUCUGUCCCUUUCCUUUUCCGAGGAUAAAAAAGUGACAGCUAUAACUUUAAAAUUAGGAGAUGUCUGCAGGAAUCGGGGUCAUUGUGUAACAUAUUGACGGUAGAUUAGGAUUUCUAUAGGGUAUCUGUUUUCGCAUGUCCAUUAUACUUAUACUUACAUCAAGUAUUGUAAUGUUUUUUUUUAUUAUUGUAGAUAAUUACCUAUGAAUUGUGUAAAAGACAUAGAGGCUAGAGCCUUUUUCUUGAAUCGCUUGCUUUCGAUAUACCUGUCUCAUCUCGCAAAUGACAAGUUCUGACGUGCUACGUGAAAUGGGUAUAUAUUUUCGAACGUGACUUGAAGGCGAGCGAUUCAAAAAUAAGGCCCUAGUUCUCCUUCUCCUUUUUUAUUAGUUAAAUGUUUUAAUGGUGUUUUAAUUUGAUCUCUUAUUAUGUAAUUCGAUCGUCUGCAUUUUAAAUAAGGAAUUUAUUUAUUAAUGAAUUAUUCCAAAAAGCUGUUGUAGUUAUAUUUAAUACAAUGUUAUAUUAAUCAGAACAUGGCGCUCGUUCAUGGUGUGUUUUG